AUGGCCAGUCGGCGCGACUUCCUCAGCCAGCCGGCGCCCGAGAACUACAUUGCUGGCAUCGGCCGUGGCGCGACAGGCUUCACGACACGAUCAGAUCUGGGCCCGGCACGCGAGGGACCCAGUGAGGACCAGAUUAAGGAGGCCGUCGCCAAGCGUGCAGCGCAGCUCGGCAUCGGCGCCGACGGCAAAAAGGGCGACGACAAGGACGACGACAAGGGCGGCGACGACGACCGGUUCAAGGACCCCGACAACGAGGUCGGCCUCUUCGCCGGCGGGCUCUACGACAAGGACGAUGAGGAGGCCGACAGGAUAUGGCAGGAGGUCGACGAGAAGAUGGGCAAGCGGCGGCAGAAGCAGCGCGAGGCCCGCGAGCUGGCCGAGAAGGAGGAGUACGAGCGCAACAACCCGAAAAUCUCCCAGCAGUUUGCCGACCUCAAGCGCGCCCUCGGCACCGUCACCGACGAGGAGUGGGCGAGCCUGCCCGAGGUCGGCGACCUCACGGGCAAGAACAAGCGCGCGCGCGCCGCCCUGCGCCAGCGCCAGUACGCCGUCCCCGACAGCGUGCUGGCGGCGGCGCGCGACGCCUCCGAGCUCGGCACCACCGUGUCCGACGAGGGCGUCGCCCCGGGCUCCGACGGCGCCGACUGCACCAUGACCACUUUCACCAAGAUUGGCGCCGCCCGCGACAAGGUGCUCAAGUCGCGCCUCGAGCAGGCGUCGUCCCUCGGCGGCACCGACACGGCCGCCGGCAGCGCCACGAGCAUCGACCCCAAGGGUUACAUCACGAGCCUCGACAAGAGCAUGAUGAACGGCGCCCAGGCGCAGGUGGCCGACAUCAACCGCGUGCGGGAGCUCCUGACGUCCGUCACCAAGACGAACCCCAACAGCCCCGGAGGCUGGAUCGCCGGCGCGCGCCUCGAGGAGCUGGCGGGCAAGACGGUGGCCGCCCGCAACGUCAUCGCGCGGGGCUGCGAAAAGUGCCCGAAGAACGUCGACGUCUGGCUGGAGAACAUCAGGCUCAACGAUGUCCGCAACGCCAAGAUCAUUGCCGCCGAGGCCAUCAAGAAGAACGACAAGUCGGUGCUCUUGUGGGUCGAGGCCAUGCGGUUGGAGAACGAGCCGCGGGCCAAGAAGAGGGUCAUCCGACUGGCGCUGGAUCACAUUCCCGACUCGGAAGCGCUGUGGAAGGAGGCCGUCAAUCUCGAAGAGGACCAGACGGACGCUCGCCUGCUGCUGGCCAAGGCGACCGAGAUCAUCCCCCUGUCGGUCGACCUCUGGCUGGCGCUGGCGCGGCUGGAAACGCCCGAAAACGCACAAAAGGUGCUGAACAAGGCGAGAAAGGCGGUGCCGACAUCGUUCGAAAUCUGGAUCGCCGCUGCCAGGUUACAGGAGCAGCUGGGGGCCAGCGUCAACGUGAUGAAGCGAGCUGUCAACGUCUUGGUCAAGGAGGCGGCCAUGCCGAAACGCGAGGAAUGGAUCGCCGAGGCCGAGAAGUGCGAGGAGGAGGGCGCCCUCUGGAUGCUCAAGGGCCAGAUCUACGAGGACCUCGACAAGCUCGGCCAGGCGCGCGAGGCGUACAGCACGGGCGUCAAGGCCGUGCCCGCGUCGGUGCCGCUCUGGCUCCUGUACGCCCGGCUCGAGGAGCGCGCCGGCCUCGUGGUCAAGGCGCGCUCCGUGCUAGACCGCGCGCGCCUCGCCGUGCCCAAGUCGCCGGCGCUCUGGAGGUGCCCAAGAGCGGCCUGCUGUGGAGCGAGCAGAUCUGGCACCUCGAGGCGGCGCACGCAGCGCAAGCCGCGCAGCCUCGAGGCCAUCAAAAAGGUCGACAACGACCCCAUCCUCUUCGUCGCCGUGGCGCGGCUGUUCUGGGGCGAGCGCAAGCUGGAGAAGGCGCAGAACUGGUUCGAGAAGGCGCUGGUGCUCGACAGCAACAACGGCGACACGUGGGCUUGGUACUACAAGUUCCUCCUCCAGCAUGGCACAGAAGUGAGUGAACCCCCCUUCGGGCUCGAUGCUGGACGGACACCCCCGGUACACGAGGCUAACAAUUGCACGCAGGAGAAACGGGGCGAGGUCAUCACCAAGUGUGUGCUCGUCGAGCCGAGACACGGCGAAUACUGGCAGGCGAUUGCGAAGCGCCCAGCCAACGCGAGAAAGGGAACGGAGGAGAUCCUCAACCUGGUGGCCAACAGUCUAGAAAGGUAAAGACGGAACGUUUAAAAAAUGUACAAGACAGAGAAGCAGUGUACUAUUGGAAUUGCAGCGAAAACAGUAUCAUAUUCAACACUUCGCAGGUAGCCCGAGGGCAGGGUCAAUGGAUCGUUCUCCAGGUUGGAUCGGAUUGGUGGUGGUCAUCAAUUACUAUAUCAUGUCGCCGUGCCCUUCCAUGUUGUGUGAACAGAAG